UUUUAUUGUGACGCCUCUCCAAGUAAAUGCCAGGAGAGGGAAGAGGCAGUAGCCGUUACAAACAUCAGCUUCAUAAACGUGACAGGAACGGCCAAUGGCACACACGCCAUUCUCUUCAACUGCAGCCGAUCCAUCCCGUGCACAUCCCUCUUGCUCUCUAAUAUCGCUAUCUCCCCCUCUGUCAACAGAGCUAGCAGGCUAGCUGCUGCAGAGUUCAUCUCAGCGUAUGGGAGCACAACGGGCCUCCUUUUACCAACACCUUAC